AUGUCGGCCAAGCACUUCGUCAACGACCCGACCCUCCUGUUGAACACGGCCCUGGAGAGUCUCACGCUUACUAACCCAUCUGUGGCAUUGGAAACGGACAACAAAAUAGUCUAUCGACGGCCCGGAAAUGAGCAAUCGCAGGUUUCCAUCGUCAGUGGCGGCGGCAGCGGGCAUGAGCCCAGCUUCGGCGCCUUCGUUGGCGCGGGCUUGUUGUCUGGUGCUGUAGCCGGCACAAUCUUUGCCUCGCCCAGCGCUGAACAGAUUCGCAAGGCUAUCAUGUCCAGAGUCGACACCAACAAGGGUGUUUUGGUGACCGUCAUGAACUACACGGGAGACGUUCUCAACUUUGGCAUGGCGGUUGAGAAGGCCAAGGCUGCCGGUCUGGAGGUUGAGAUGCUGGUUGUCGGUGACGACGUGGGCGUCGGUCGAGAAAGGGGCGGCAAGGUUGGCCGACGUGGUAUUGCGGGCACAGUACUCGUGCACAAGAUCUCCGGCGCCCUUGCUGCUCAGGGGGCUACUCUCGAACAAGUCCAUAAGGUCGCCAAGCUCACGGCGGAAAACAUCGUGAGCGUAGGCGCCAGUCUCGAGCAUGUACACGUCCCUGGACGAGCUCUGCCGGGCCCCAAAGCCCCAGGCAGUCUAGCUGUCGACGAGGUCGAAGUAGGAAUGGGCAUCCACAACGAGCCGGGUUCUGGAAGAGCAAAGGUUGAACUGCCGGAGCUCGUGAGCACCAUGAUGUCGCAGCUGCUGGACAAGAACGACACGGAUCGGGCAUUCCUCAACGUCAACUCGAACGAGGUGGUGUUGCUGGUGAACAACCUCGGGGGUGUCAGUGUUUUGGAACUGGGAGGCAUCACAACAGAGGUUGUCAAGCAGCUCGGUCAAUGGGGCAUUCAGCCCGUACGAAUACUCAGUGGAACUUACAUGACGAGUCUGAAUGGGCUUGGCUUCAGCAUCUCCCUCCUGAACGUCGUCAACACAGACAUAGGAGGACCAAGCAUGAUUCAGCUGCUUGACUACCCAUGCGAGGCCACCGGCUGGACGGCGCCAAUCUCGAAGAACACCUGGGAAGUGAAGAACACCAAUACCAGAGAGGACACUGCAGCGGCUGACGAGAGCGUCAAACCUAGCGGGCUCAAGAUUGAUGCGAGUGCGUUUACCAAGUCUUUGACUUCCGGGCUUGAAGCACUCGUUGAGGCUGAGCCUGAGGUGACGAGAUAUGACACCGUGGUCGGAGAUGGCGACUGUGGAAUCGGCUUGAAGCGUGGUGCUGAAGCUGUCCUAAAACAUCUGAAAGAGACUAAGGCGACAGGGGAUGCCGUCAUCGAUGUUGCUCAGAUCGUGCCUGUGAUAGAGACGGCAAUGGACGGGACGUCAGGGGCUUUAUUUGCCAUCUUCCUCAACGCCCUCGUUCACUCGUUGCGUGUGUUUGGGCCUGGCGAAGCUACACCGCAAGUCUGGGCCGGCGCUCUGAAGCAAAGCUGCGACGCGCUGUCACGGUACACACCCGCUCGGCCUGGCGAUCGUACUAUCGUGGAUGCCCUCUACCCCUUCGUCGAGGUCCUCGGAAAAUCAGGUGACAUCAAGAAGGCGGCACAGGCAGCAAAGGAUGCAGCAGAUGGCACCAAGGGCAUGAAAGCCAGUCUCGGUCGGGCUGUGUACGUCGGUGGCACCGGAUUCGAGGAGGUCCCCGAUCCUGGGGCUUGGGGUCUGGCUUGCUUCUUCAAUGGCCUGGCUGGGUUGAAACCCGAAGAGGAGGGAUGGGAGGCCGUCUAA